GCGCAGAGCGUAAAGACGAGAGACGACGACGACGACGACAGGACGAGCAACUAGACGACGGACGUCGACAUAAUGGCAAUGGUAUUUCUGGAGUGACGGUUCUAUAACAAGGUCCGAAGCGCGCGGAAAUUCGGUAAAAUGACAACGUAAAUUUAUCGACGAAUACUUCACUCGAGGUUUUUGCGACGACUCGUUUACAUCCCUUACAAAAAUGACGGACAAAGAAGAAGAUACGUUCUGUAAAAAAAUGCGAAAAGCUACAAGAGAAAUUCAUGCUAUCAGUGAUGCUUUGGUAAACGCAAAAUUAGCAUUCGUAGGAUUUCUCGAUGACUCUGUAUGGGCUGAUGGUCUUCUGGUCUUCUACGAAAUUUUCCGCUACUUAGAAGGUGCAAUGAUUAGAUUAAAAAACACAAAAAUUGGAUUAUUACGACUUACCGAGUUACAGCGUACCGAGGCUUUUGAACAAGAUCUUGAAUACUAUUUGGGAAAGGGAUGGAUGAAAAACUAUAGUCCUAGAGACAGCGUUAUUAAAUACCUGAUGCGUUUAAGAGAGAUCGAAGAUACCGAGCCCGCUUUACUCAUGGCAUAUAUUUAUCAUCUUUAUAUGGGUCUUCUUAGCGGAGGAAUUAUUUUGCGAAGGAAAAGGCAACUUAUGCAAAAGAUUUCACUUUUUAAAGAAAUAACUAGUAGUGGCAAUAAUAUCACGGACUUUGGAAAUCAUAGCAUUUUUGAAUUAAAACAUGAUUUGCGUGAAACGAUGAAUAAAAUAGCUGAAACAUUGGAUGAAGAUACUAAAAAUAAACUCAUUGAAGAAAGUAAAAUAGUUUAUGCCUUAAACAAUGAGAUUAUUAGAAGUGUACGUGGUGCAGGCACUGUUAUCUUCAAAAAAAUAUUUUAUUUCAUUAGUGCACUCAUACUUAUUUUAAUUGUCUUCCUAGUCUUUUUUAAAUAAUAGCAAUAAUAAACCAUUCUCUAUGAUCCUUUCUAAAAUUAUGUGUAUAUAUUUUUACUAAUUGCACUGUUUCUUGGAAAUAAAUUAUUCAUAUUUUUUCAUAAGUAAACAUAUCAUUGUUCUUAAUUAUCGAUCGAGUCAUUCAUUUACAAAAUAUUUUAAUACAUUUUAUUAGUAAAUACAAAAAUUACUAAGCAACGUAAGGAUCUUAAGUGUGAUUGUACAGCACAUAUACCUUACUGAUAUUUUGAUAUUAAGAUGGAUUAUGAUAACAUUUAGUUAAAAUAAAAAUCUACCUUAGUUAUUAUUAUUAUUCCAACGAUAAUUGUCCUGACAUAAACUUGUACAAAACAACAACUUCUUUGUUGUAUGAAAUAAAAAAAUUAUACGAAAACUUCAAAAA